UUUGCCGUUACUACGCGCAGUGCUGAAGCUGCUGUCCUGGAAAGAGCAACCUAUCAAGAGCAGGAAGCGGCAGAUCAACAACGGAAGCGACAGCGAUUUGCGACAAAUUCACUCCUACUUUGAGUGGAAAGGUGUCGAGGAACAUGCGUUUAACGCACAGGUGAAAAAAAAUCACCUGAUUUAACUUCUUCGCUGCUCCAACUUUUCAGCCCUACCUUGCGCAGAUUCCGGUUAGAUUUGCUUUUUGUUUGUUUGUGUCUGUUGAGAAUAGUUUUUUUUUUUAAAGAAACAAACAAACUAUAAAAUCUUGAGACAUGUCUCGCAAGAAGGCAGUCAAAGGCAAAGCAGCGACCAGCAGCCCGUCCGCGGGCAGCCCCUCCGGGAAAGGGACCGGGAAAUCUGCGAGAGGAAGCCCGGGCAUCGUUCAGAUGAAUGGUGUAGUCCAUCCCAGCAGACCGUCCAUCAGCAACAGCAGCGAGUUUUAUGACAUCGCUUUCAAGGUGAUGCUGGUUGGAGAUUCUGGUGUGGGGAAAACCUGUCUUCUGGUCCGAUUCAAAGACGGCGCUUUCCUGGCCGGCAGCUUCAUCUCCACUGUGGGCAUCGACUUUAGGAAUAAAGUCCUGAACAUUGAUGGAGUCAAGGUGAAGCUCCAGAUCUGGGACACAGCUGGACAGGAGCGGUUCCGCAGUGUCACUCAUGCCUACUACCGUGAUGCCCACGCUCUUCUCUUGCUGUAUGACGUCACCAACAAAUCAUCCUUUGACAACAUACAGGCAUGGCUGACUGAGAUCCACGAAUACGCCCAACAAGAUGUAGUGCUCAUGCUGCUUGGAAACAAGGCUGAUGCCACUCAUGACAGGGUGGUGAAGAGAGAAGAUGGUGAGAGACUUGCUAAGGAAUUCGGAGUUCCCUUCAUGGAGACCAGCGCCAGGUCAGGCCUCAAUGUAGAGCUGGCUUUCACUGCUGUGGCCAAGGAGCUGAAGCACAGGUCCAUGAAGGAUCCCAGUGAGAAGUUUAAGCUCCAUGAGUACGUGAACAAGGAAAUGAAGGGCACUGGCUGCUGCCGGUCUUAAAAGCCUGCCCCAGUCACUCUUUGGCUCUGUGUGUGUGUGUGUGUGUGUGUGUGUGCCACUUAUUUCCAUACUGUACAUGUUCAUAUCUGGUGUGAUCAGAAAGGCAGAAAGGAGGAGUCAGCUCCAGCGAGGUAUAAACCCGUUCGACCUUCUGCUCGUCCAUUUUCAGAUGUCAUUGUGUCAGUACACACAAUCUCACUGUUGUCCUCACUAGUCUCGUUGCCUUCCUGCAUCAUGUGUAUGUGCGUCUUGCUUUUCCCCACCCAUCUCCUUCUGUAGCUGUAAAUGUAGCCCAAGGUUAUAAUUGGCAAAAGGCAAAGAUGGCACACCUCAGUUAUUACCCUUUUUCAACUGCAGCUACACAAUUAUCUUCACCGUUGCCUGGUGUCCUUCUUUUAUUUUGAAGGGUCUUUUUUGUUUUGUUUGUUGCAGAGAUAAAAUGCAUGUUUUUAAAGCAGUUUAAUUUCUGCAUAUAAUUAUUGUGUUAGAUGCAACUGUCAUUUUCUUCGGAUGUUACGGAUGAAUGUUCAAAUAGUAAAUGUGUAGUGAAGUGUCCUCUGUACAGUUUGUGGUCAAAUCAAUGAUUCAACAGGCUCCCUGGAGCCGGGUUAGCUCACCAGCAUAAAUUUAGUCUGUUUCAGCUGUGGAUUUGGGGGUGGGGGGGAUUUGUAUUAUUUUAACACAAAAAUCUAGUAAAAGCAAAUGGGUGUCGCUAUUUUGGAUACAAUGAGCAUUAACAGCAUUCAGAUAUGAAUCCAUAUUAAUAUAAUGUUUAAACAAAUUUAGACAUUUGAGUUUUGAAGAGCUGUAAUGCAACCACUGUUCCUGAUCUGUAUUUUUUGUUAAAUUAUUAAAAACAGAUAGUCAAACACACUGUAUGCAAUAUACAGGAAUAUAAAAUUGGGCUUUUUUUGGUCAUUAUGGUGUAAAUACUACUUUUUUUUUUCUGCAUGUAAAAUAGUUUGGAUAGAAGAGAACAGCACUUUAGAUAGGAAUUAAGAGCAUGGGAGUGAAGUGAGAAAUAAAGAGCUAUAGAGACCUGAAGUAUUGUACAUGAAACAUCUGUAAUUUUUUUUUUAUUUCUCUGUUUGUUUCUUUUUUGUUUGUUUUUUGAAAUCCAUGCAAAUCAUGACAGUGUAUUUAAAUGCUGAGUUUUGAACCACCUCUCAUUUCUUUAUAUUUUGCAGGGAAAUAGCUGCAGUGAUUUAUCGAAACGUGCAAACAUACAUUGAAAUACUGUAUAUAAGUCAAACACAGAGAUCAUAGAAUUCUAACAAGCUGGAAGUCUCUUUAGAUAAUCAUUGGGAAUAGUUCUUUAGGGGUCUUGAAGGACAUUUGAAGCUCUUCUUUGGAUGUUGGAUCCCUUUUGUUCUGUUUUUUGUCAAGAUGAUCCCUCACUGCUUCAGUAAAGUUGACCUCCAGUCUUGGCAGUGUGUUUGGGAUCAUUUCCAUGCUAAAACUUGAAGCCAACACCCCUGACUUAUAUGCAGCAUCAGACAAUGACAGAGCCUCCACCAUGUUUUACACUUGGCUGUAGAUGCUCACUGUUAUCUCUUGACCUCCUUAACACAUAUUAAUCAAUUUAACCAAAAUUUUCAAAUUUGCAUUCAUCACUUCAAACCUGAUUUUCAGUCCAUUUGUUAGAUAAUAUGAUAUCACCACCCUGACCUUCAGAUACUGUUCAUCUGCUUCUUCUUCCACUUGUCCAGUUUCCCCAGUAUUUUUUAAGGACAUCUGCACACUAUACUGAGAUAAGCUAGGUUUUCAGCUAUAGCCCUUGAGAAAUCAACUCAAUCUUGUUGAUGCAAAUAUAAUAUUUUUAUGCCCAUCUUUGUUUAUCUUUGGCAUUUUUGGAUUCAACUAAAGAAAUGGGAACAAUUGAUGUGUUUUUGCAACAGUAACAUCAAAGCUAAAGAUACAAUUUUUAAAAAAGCCUUUUGCCUUCAUCCUUUGAGUUGCAUUAGUUUGUGCCUUUUUAAAUGCUUCAAUAAUUUAAAUCAUUUUUUCUAUAGCAAAAAGCAACAAAAUGCUAUUUUGUGAUGUCAGGUACAAGAAUUGGACUGAAAAUGGGUGAAAAUGCAGCCAAUCUCCAGAAAACAAUAACAGAAAACCUGGAGAACUAAUCCUCAAGACCACCUUAAAAACAAGAAAGUCUGGGUCUUUGGAAGUAGAUUAAAAGGAAAUGACCGAUGACUCAAAACCUUUGCACAGUACUGCAUGUAUGUGUUUUCUGUACAUUCGUAUAUAAAUUGGGUAUAUAGUGCCAUGUUUUCUUAACAUUUUGAGCAGUAUGUCACCUUUAAUCGGUUAACAGUAUUUAACUUAUAAUUAAUAUAAGAAUCACAGAUGACAUUUUAUAUACUGUUGCUUAGAAAGACUCCAUCUCAGUCACAGAAACCACAUACUGUACUGCACUUACUGUACAUGCCCAUGUUUCUUUCUUUUAGCCUUGAAGUUAAGAGUAUUGUUUAUUUGGUUUACUACUUUUCAGUGUGUAACUUCUUUCUUGUAACUUAAAACUACAAUAAAAAAAAUAUGUAUACAUCA